CCACCUCCACACCUGUCAAAUUCCCUUUAUAAAAGCAGGGUUGGGAGGCGAUGCUGAGGUAUCCAAGGUUCUUGCUUCAACAGUGUUUGAACGGAGCCCUGAUCCCUUCUACAGCGGCAGCUUCAUAUUCAUUUAUUGUUUUGUCAUCUCCACUGCUAGGACAAAAAUCAACAUGGCCUCCCAGAUCUGCCAGAACUAUCAUCGCGACAGCGAGGGUGCUGUCAACCGUCUGAUUAACAUGGAGCUGUGUACCUCCUACACCUACCUGUCACUGGCUCACUACUUCAAGCGUGAUGAUGUGGCCCUGGAAGGCUUUUGCAAGUUCUUCAAGGAGCAGAGCGAAGAAGAACAAGAACAUGCCAACAAGCUCAUGGAGUUCCAAAACAAGCGGGGCGGCCGCAUCUUCCUCCAGGAUAUCAAGAAGCCAGACAAGGAUGAGUGGGGUAACGGUCUGGAUGCCAUGCAGACUGCCCUUCAGCAAGAGAAAAACCUCAACCAAGCUCUACUUGAUGUGCACAAGCUUGCCUCUGACCGCACUGACCCACAUCUCUGUGACUUUCUGGAGACCCACUUUCUGAGAAAUAAAAUGAAGAUGAUCAAGAAGAUAGGUGACCACAUCACCAACCUGAAGAAGACUGGUGGCAGCAGCACUGGACUGGCCGAGUAUAUGUUUGACAAGCUCACUCUGAAGGAGAGCAGCUAAAUUGGCAUCUCCACAAGUUUUCUCAAUGAGGCAAUAGUUUUGAGGCCAUCAGUACACAACAGGAUUACUAAAUAAAGAUUAUGAGAUCAA